AUGAAGGUAAGCUUCCAGAGAACAGUGCCAAAGGUGUUCGGUGCGACGACUACAGUGGUGUCUCGUUUGCAGCUGUUCUACAUUGCAUCGUUUGCCGUUGCCCUGGUGUGCGCGUCCGACGCCACUGACUCCGGCUCGAGUAAAGUCGUCGGAAAACGCAAUGCCUGGGGUGGCUUCCUCCCGAGGCAUCCUCAGCUCUCCGCCCGGGCGGACAGCCACGACGGAUUCGGAGCAUCGGAGGCCCAGCACGAACAUGGACACGCAACCACGCAAGGACUAGGCCACUACGAGUCUUCGAACGAGGAGUACCACAGCUGGAAGCCACUGGAAGCCGUCGGCCAUUACGGGCAACACGCGGGUCACAGCUUUGGUGAGCAGCUCCACCAAGCAGGAGGGCACCAUAACGGCGAGGGUGAAGAGAAGCACCACUUCGGGGGACACCAGUCCUUUGGUGAGGGCGAUCAUCACGGUUUCGGCGAUCAGCAUAGUUUCGGUGGACACCAAGCUUUUGGAGGACAUCAGGCAUUCGGAGCUCAGCAUGAGUCUUUCGGAGGAAAGCAUGAAGGUUUCGAAGGACACCAUGAGGCAUUCGGAGGACAUCAUGAGGGCGCUGGUGGACAUCAGGAAGCUUUUGGAGGGCACCAUGAGGGAGCGGGAGGUCACCAGGAAAGUUUUGGAGGUCAUCACGAAGGGCUUGGAGGACAUGAAGCCUUAACUGGCCACGAGGAACAUGGUGGACACUUUGGAGGCGGACAGCAGGGAUUCGGUGAUCAUGGAGACUUCGGAACUCACCAGGCAUUCACCCAAGGCGGUCAUCACGGAUUCGGUGGACAUCAGAACCUGGGUGGUGGACAUCACGACUUCGGAGGUCAUCAUGGAUUCGGUGGACACCAGAACUUGGGUGGAGGACAUAGCGAGUUUGGAGGUCAUCAUGGAUUCGGUGGUCAUGAGAACUUGGGAGACCACCAUCAGGGACACUUUGGUCAUGGCGACCACCAUGGAUUCGCUGAACAUGACGACCACUUCGGCGACUCGGGACACGGCAGCGAUCAUCAUGAGGAUCACAAGAAGGAGCACCACAUCAAGGAGCUGCAUCUCGAUGCCACCGAGGUCGAGGACGAUCACAAGGAGCACAAGAAGCACAAGGAGCCGAAGAUCAAGUACAUCACCGUUACCGAGCGGGUUCCGGUGCCGUACAAGGUGACGGUGGAGAAGAAGGUGCUCGUACCGGUCAAGGUGCCGUUCACGGUGCACUCCGAGAAGGUCGUCCCGAUCUACGUCGAAAAGAAGUUCCCGGUUGUGGUGGAGAAGCACGAGAUCGUGCACGUCGAUAAGCCGUACGAAGUGAAGGUGCCCCACAAGGUCGAGGUGCAUAAGAAGGAGAUCGUGAAGGUCGAGAAGCCGGUGCCGGUGAAAAUCGAGAAGCCGGUGCCGUACAAGGUGGAGAAGCCAUUCAUCGUGCACAAGCACGUCCCGGUGAAGGUGUGGGUGAACGUGAAGAAAGAGCACCAUCACUGA